GUAAGAAAUUGGUUGAAAAAGUGCUUUACUUAGUAGCAUUAUCAACGUUUUUGGUCAACUCUACUGGAAAAUCAAGAGACCGUAAGUUUUCCUCCCUCAUCUGCCUCUCUUCUUCUGCAUCUUGCUUUCUGUCCUCAAGCAUGACAGUGGAAGCAACAAAAACGUGCUGAAAAAAAAGGCUGUCUUUUAGUUCAAUUUGUUUUCUCUACCGGUUUUGACCAAGCUGGAACCACCGUUAGCCAUCUCCCUGGAUUUGAUAGAAGCUUCAAACUGGAUCUGAUUUUCACCCCAGUCUCCCUCUUGCAAGACUCAGUUCACUCACUGUUAAUGGCUGAAUUAACAAAGUAAAGAGUGCAACUUGUACAUGGGAUCUACCUUUCUUGUUAAGUGUACUGGAAAGCUGGAGGUCACACAAGUCUUCUCUCCUCAACUACCUUUCUUCCGCAUCUUGCUUUCAGCCCUCACAACAAGAAUCAUGAUAGAAGCAACAAAACGUGCUGAAAAAUGGCUGUUUAAUAUAAUUUGUUUUCAUGCUUUCCUUCUACUGGUUUUGACUAAGAUUGCAGCUGCGGGGACCACAGUGAGCUAUCUGCCCGGUUUUGACGGUGAACUCCCUUUCAAGCUUCAAACUGGGUAUAUUGGAGUGGGAGAAUGGAAUGAGUCACAACUGUUUUACUAUUUUGUGGAGUCUCAGAGGAACCCUGAAAUGGACCCUCUUAUGCUUUGGCUCGCAGGAGGUCCUGGCUGUUCCACUCUGUUUGCAAUCCUUUAUGAACAGGGUCCCUUAGUUUUUGAUUAUGCCAAUUUCAAUGGGAGCCUACCAAUACUUCAUCUCAACCCAUAUGCAUGGACUCAGGCAAAUGUAAUAUAUUUGGAUCAACCAGUUGGCACUGGAUUCUCUUACUCUACAACACAAGAAAAUUAUCACGUUGAUGACACUAAAUCUGCAGCACAGACCUAUGAGUUCCUAAGGAAGUGGUUGCUUGAGCACCCUCAGUAUUUAACAAAUAAACUGUUCAUUGGCGGAAAUUCUUAUGCUGGAAUACCUCUCCCAAUUGUAGUCCAACAUAUAGUCAAUGGUAAUGAAGCUGGACUAGAGCCACUGAUGAAUCUUAAAGGAUACACUCUGGGUUCGCCAUGCACUGAUCACUUUAUUGAUUUCAAUUCAAGACUUCCAGCAGCUUACCGACUGUCACUCAUAUCUGAGGAACUCUAUGAGUAUGCCAAACUACAUUGUGGUGGAGAUUAUGUCAAUGUUAAUUCUAGCAACACAGAAUGUGCAUCUGCUAUAAACGAAUACAAGGAGUUGGUUCUACAAAUAGAAAAAGAUAACAUUCUGGACCCCAUUUGCCAAACUGCCUCUCUGGGAACAAAUGAAGCAAGAAGACAACUUGAGCACGAGCCUGAAGGGGCAAAUAGUUGUAAGGAAUAUAACUAUGUGCUAUCGGAGGUAUGGGCUAAUGACAGACGUGUCCAAGAAGCACUUCAUGUUCGAGAGAAUACAAAAGGGGUUUGGGAAAGGUGCAAUUCCAGCUUAGCCUACACAAAGACUGUCAGAAGCUCUGUUGAAUUUCAUCGUAAUCUCAGCAAGAAAAGUCUUCAAGUUCUCAUUUACAGUGGUGAUCACGAAUUAAUUUUCACGCAUAUUGGUACGCACAACUGGGUCCGUACACUCAAUUUGACCAAAGAUGAGAAUUGGAGGGCAUGGUUUGUAGAUGGUCAAGUUGCAGGAUUCACCGAGAAGUAUAUAAAUGGUGACUACACUCUGAUCUUCGCCACAGUUAAGGGUGCUGGUCACGUUCCUACAGAGUACAAACCAAAUGAAUGUCUUGCCCUGAUGGACCGUUUCUUUGGUUAUUAUCCUCUCUAGAGAUAAUUGAUGACACAUUUCAGACUAGGCCGUGAGAUAAUCCUACCGUACCCUCUCACAAAGUUCUCCAUACCCAUCAAUGUUACUAUGACCUUGAAAGUAAUACAUUUAAUUAAUGCAAUAUUUGGGGUUUAUUCCUAAAAUAGUUUAUCAAGCUCGACUGGAGCCCCACUUUUCUAAAUUCAACAAAGCUUGAACUUGACUCAAACUUGUUAUUAUGGAAAUCGAGCUCGAGCUUGAGCAUUCUAUUAUGUAGCUCGACUUGGCUUGUUUACAGUUCUAUUUAGAGGUUCAUAACUCCGGACAAGAAAAAUCAUUCAAAAUU